AUGAAAUCAAAAUCACCCUCCAUUUUUCUCUUAUUGUUUAUCAUCUGUGUUUGUGCUCUUGUUCUUGAGGCCUCCAACAAUGGUCAUGGAUCCUUCAAAAUGGAAGGAAACGAAGAGCACCAUAUCAAAAGAUCAGAUUUUCCAGAUGGGUUUCUCUUUGGAGCAGCUACUUCAUCCUACCAAGUUGAAGGAGCCUAUCUUGAGGAUGGCAAAUCUUUAAGCAACUGGGAUGCAUUUUGUCAUUCCGUAGGAUGUGGAGAAAAUGGAGAUGUUGCAGACGAUCAUUAUCAUCUCUUCUUGGAAGAUAUUGAUAUGAUGCAUUCCCUUGGUAUAAAAGCAUACCGAUUUUCGAUUUCAUGGGCUAGAAUUCUACCAAGAGGAAAGUCGGGUGAAGUUAAUCCUGCAGGAAUCACGUUCGAUAACAAGAUCAUAGACAAUCUAAUUCUCAAAGGAAUCGAGCCAUUUGUGACGAUUCACCAUUUUGAUUUUCCUCAAGAACUUGAAGUGAAAUAUGGAUCUUGGCUAAACCCCGAGAUGCAGGAAGAGUUUGUACUUUUGGCAGAAACUUGUUACAAAUAUUUUGGAGACCGAGUGAAGUACUGGAUCACAAUCAACGAACCAAACUUAUUCACAAACGCCGCUUAUGAAAGCGGGGAUUUUCCACCGGCUCGUUGUUCAGAGCCCUUUGGCAACUGUCUGGCUGGAAACUCUGAUGUGGAGCCUCUCAUUGUUAUGCAUAACAUGUUGUUGGCUAAUGGCAAAGCAACAAAGCUAUAUCAUGAUAUUUAUCAGCCAAAACAUGGUGGAUCGAUCGGAAUUGUUGUGAGUUGUUUAAUGUACGAACCACUAACAAAUACGGAUCUUGAUCGUGAGGCUGCUGAGAGGGCAUUUGCCUUCAAUAUUGGCUGGGUACUUGAUCCUUUGAUAUAUGGAGACUACCCCGAAGAAAUGCACAAAUAUCUUGGAAGUCGAUUACCAAAGCGUGAUGGCGUGUUGAUCGGUGAAUGUACGGGUUUAGAAGUAUUUUUCGUUGUUCCUAGAGGCAUGGAGGAAAUUGUUAACCAUAUCAAGAUUCGGUACAAUAAUAAACCCAUGUUUAUUACUGAAAAUGGGUAUUCUUCACCGGAUGUGUACGAGGAACGAGUUCAUGAGAUUUCGAAUGAUGUGAAACGAAUUGAAUUCCACUCAAAAUACCUUGCUUUUUUAGCCAAAUCAUUAAGAAACGGAGCCGAUGUACGUGGAUAUUUUGUGUGGUCAUUGAUGGACAGCUAUGAAUGGUUACAAGGUUACGAUGUGAGAUUUGGAUUAUAUUAUGUUGAUCGUGAAACACUAACAAGAAGACCAAAACUUUCUGCAAAAUGGUAUAAAGAUUUUUUGAUGAACAAGAGUGAACUUAUUGAUAUGAAAGCAUUAGGAGGAAGAAGAUCUUUCCAAAACAAUGUUACGAUGCUAAGAAAUGGAUAA